AGUCCUUCUUCCCGCCGCGCGGCGGUGCGUGCAGGUUGUCUUGCUGCAGCCCAGCGAUGGCAGGCGGCAGGGCCGCACCCGACGGGCGCUCGGCCCCUUGGCUCCGUAGUGCCGGAGCAUCGCCUCGUGCCAGCGCGGUGCUCCCCUGGUGAACAACGCGGGGCUCGCAGCCCCCUCAGGUCCCGGGCUGCGCUGACCCACGUUGCAGGAGCCGAAGCCCCGCCCGCCGACGUCCGGAAGGCGCCGGGAGCGCCCGGAAGCGGGAGGAGACGCCGCGGCUGCCACGUUGGAGCGGCCGGGACGGGGUGAACGGCGGGCAGAGAGCGGGUACAGCCCCGAGCUACAAGCACGAUGAAGCUGAAAGAGAUCGAUCGCACUGCCAUGCAGGCAUGGAGUCCUGCCCAGCAGCACCCCAUUUACCUGGCGACUGGUACGUCAGCCCAGCAGUUGGAUGCAAGCUUCAGUACAAACGCUUCCCUGGAAAUAUUUGAGUUGGACUUAUCAGACCCUUCGCUGGACAUGAAAUCGUGUGCCACUUUUUCUUCCACUCACAGGUACCACAAGCUGAUCUGGGGGCCUCACAGCAUGACCGCAGGCGAGAGAGUCUCUGGAGUCCUGAUUGCUGGGGGUGAGAAUGGGAAUGUCAUUCUGUAUGACCCAGCCAAAAUCAUAGCUGGAGAAUCCGAAGUGAUAAUUGCUCAGAAGGACAAGCACACGGGACCAGUGAGAGCACUUGAUGUCAACAUGUUUCAGACUAAUCUGGUGGCCUCUGGUGCUAAUGAGUCUGAAAUCUAUAUCUGGGACUUAAAUAAUUUUGCCACACCGAUGACUCCGGGAGCAAAGACACAGCCUCUUGAAGACAUCAGCUGCAUUGCGUGGAACAGGCAAGUCCAGCACAUCCUGGCCUCCGCCAGCCCCAGCGGUCGAGCUACUGUGUGGGAUCUCAGGAAAAAUGAACCCAUCAUCAAAGUCAGCGACCACAACAACCGGAUGCACUGUUCGGGCCUGGCCUGGCACCCCGAUGUUGCUACCCAGAUGGUUUUGGCUUCGGAGGAUGACAGGUUACCCGUGAUUCAGAUGUGGGACCUUAGAUUUACCUCCUCUCCACUGCGUGUUUUGGAAAGCCAUACGAGGGGUAUAUUGGCUAUUGCUUGGAGUAUGGCAGAUUCAGAGCUGCUACUAAGCUGUGGGAAGGAUGCCAAAAUACUGUGUUCAAACCCUAACACGGGCGAGGUUCUCUAUGAGUUGCCCACAAACAUGCAGUGGUGCUUUGACAUCCAAUGGUGUCCCAGAAAUCCUGCCAUCCUCUCUGCAGCUGCAUUCGAUGGACGGAUCAGCAUUUACUCUAUCAUGGGAGGCAGCACGGACGGGUUGAGGCAGAAGCACGUUGACCAGCUUUCAUCCUCAUUUGGGAACCUUGACCCAUUUGGGACAGGACAGCCUCUCCCACCCCUGCAGCUUCCCCAGCAGACUGCACCACAGAGCGUCGUUCUGCCCCUAAAGAAACCCCCCAAAUGGAUCCGGCGACCUGUGGGAGCAUCGUUCUCUUUUGGAGGCAAGCUGGUUACAUUUGAGAAUGCCAAGCCUCAACAGCAGCCAGGCAUUGAUCAGCAGCCGCAGCGUCACUAUGUCUAUGUGAGUCAGGUCGUUACAGAGAAGGAGUUCCUGGCACGUUCAACACAGCUGCAGGAGGCUGUGCAGUCUGAAGGCUUUGUCAGCUACUGCCAGAAGAAAAUCGAUGUGGCCCAGGCUGACUUUGAGAGAAACGUGUGGGCCUUCUUAAAGGUGAACUUUGAAGAGGAUUCACGUUCUAAAUAUCUUGAGCUGCUGGGAUACAGGAAUGAUGAUCUGAGGAAUAAGAUUACAUCAGCUCUGAAUCUGAAUAAAGAGUGUUGUGCAGAUGGCGAACUGGGAGAGGCUCCCACAGAAUCUGAUGUGCCUUUACUGAACAAAGGGGAUGAAGGCCAGACUGCAGAGGAGCAUUUCUUGGGAGAGAGGGCCAAGGACAACAAACAAGAAACUGAAGACUUGGGAUCUGCAAGGAAGACUUUUAAUAUCUCUGUCAGUGGAGAUGUGGAUGGUUUGAUUACCCAGGCUUUGCUGACUGGUAACUUUGAGAGCGCCGUAGAUCUCUGCUUGCACGAUAAUCGCAUGGCUGAUGCCAUUAUCUUGGCCAUCGCUGGUGGACAAGAGCUGCUUUCUAGGACACAGGAAAAGUACUUUUCUAAGAUACAGAGCAAAAUCACCAGGCUCAUCACUGCAGUUGUAACAAAGAACUGGAAGGAGAUUGUGCAGUCUUGUGAUCUACAGAAUUGGAGAGAGGCUUUGGCUGCUGUGCUCACUUAUGCCAGGCCAGAUGAGUUUGCAGCCCUUUGCGAUCUCCUGGGUAACAGACUGGAGAGUGAGGGGGACAGCUUGCUGCGGACACAGGCUUGUCUCUGCUACAUUUGCGCUGGCAAUGUGGAAAAGCUUGUUUCCUGCUGGAGCAAAGUUCAGGAUGGAAACAGCCCCUUGUCUCUUCAGGAUUUAAUAGAGAAGGUGGUGAUCCUACGCAAGGCUGUACAGCUCACCCAGGCUGUGGACCCUAAUGCUGUGGGGGCCCUUUUGGCUGAGAAGAUGAGUCAGUACGCCAACCUCCUGGCUGCUCAGGGCAGUAUCGCUGCGGCUCUGACCUUCCUGCCUGCAAACACUGACCAGCCAAACAUUGUGCUGUUACGGGACAGGCUUUGCAGAGCCCAAGGGGAGUUGCCAGCAGGACAGGAGGCCAUCAAGGCACCAUAUGAGAGACAGCCCAUGCCCAAGGAUCGAGCUGGCCCUGUGGCGGGACAGGUGCCAGGACCUCAGAAUUCAGCACAGCAGUACUACCAACAGGUUAGAAUUGCCCCUACUGUCACUACCUGGAGUAACAAAACUCCCACUGCCCUUCCCAGCCAUCCUCCUGCAGGCUGUCCCUCUGACACACAGGGAGACAAGCCACCUCCUCCAGGCUUUAUCAUGCCAGGUGCCGUUAACCCCAGCGCACCACCACAGCAAGGCACAUCUCCAAACUACAGCAUGUACUCCCAAGCAGGCACCCGGCCAGCGUACCCACAGACGUAUCAGACCACACAGCAGUACUCUUUUGGAACGGGGGAAACAGCGCUGUAUCAGCCCCAGCAGCCUGUUGCUGCCCCCGCUUCAGCCUCUUACCCAAACCCUGCCUCUAACACCAACCCUCCCUACCUGCCCGCUGCCCACCCUGUGCCCUCCCCGCUGUACCCUGGGCAGCCUCAGCCCUCCCCAACGAGCCUGAACCCUGCCUCUUCCUUCCCCCUUCCUCCUUCUGGCGCAUCCUUUCAGCAUGGCAGGCCAGGACUUCCAGCAACUUCUGUGGCUUAUGCGUUACCUACUGGACCAACAGGUACUCUGCCUGCAGCCAGUGACCUUCCUGCAUCCCAGAGAACAGAAAACCUACCAGCUCAAGACCAGGCCUCUCCCUUGGCAGGUGAACGAGGACCUCAGAACGGCUGGAACGACCCUCCUGCCCUGAACAGAGCUGCCAAGAAGAAAAAGGUCCCCGAUAACUUCAUGCCCCCAGUUCCCAUCACCUCGCCCAUCAUGAACCCGCUGGCGGAUCAGCAGGCACAGAUGCAGCAGCCUCCAGCAGCACCGGUGGGCACACCCAGCUUCCAGCCUCCACAGCUCCCCGCAGGGCAGCAGGCACCGCUGGGCCCCUAUGCGCCCCAGGCUGUGGGGCCGUGUGCCGUGCCUCCCACUACCUUCAAACCCAGGACAGAAGGGGCUCCCGGGGCCCCAAUUGGCAAUGCCAUCCAGCAUGUUCAGGCACUGCCAACAGAGAAGAUAACCAAGAAGCCCAUCCCUGAGGAGCACCUUAUUCUGAAGACAACAUUUGAAGCGCUUAUCCAGAGGUGCCUGCUGUCUGCCUCUGAUCCGCAAACCAAGAGGAAACUAGAUGAUGCAAAUAAACGCCUGGAAUUUCUAUACGACAAGCUUAGGGAACAGACACUCUCUCCAGCCAUCAUUAGCGGCUUGCACAACAUCGUGAAGAGCAUCGAAACCCGCAACUACGUGGAAGGACUGAACAUCCACAUGCACAUAGUCAGCACCAGCAACUUCAGCGAGACCUCUGCUUUCAUGCCUGUUCUGAAAGUCGUCCUCAUCCAGGCCAAUAAGUUGGGUGUCUGAGGUAACCCUGCACUCGCAAAGCCUGCGAUGGUCGCUUUUCCAAAGAAGUGCAUUUCUACAGCAAACAUGCAACAAGUGGACCAAACGCUCGUCCUUACGGCAUGGCGCAGUAGAGCUCUGACAAAUGGCAUUACGCUCUCCCUGCAAAAUCCAUCAUUCUAGGCGGGCCUUGGAGCCCUGGUGCUUUUCUUUUUCUUUUUAACCAUUUUCUCAUCCCCGAUGGUCUGUCUACAGAUAGUAUAUUUAAUGGGGAUGGCGCCCCAUAUUGUCAAUUUUUAGAUGCAUGUUAUACUGUUUAACAGUGGCUUUUAAUAACGGAUACGUGUGAAUGCGAGAAGGUAGGUUGUGUAUGAGACCCUGCACCUCACUGCUCCUUAGACACCGGAUUAAAGAGUCUGAUCCUGUUAGAAGUGUAGUUGGUCUUUCAUUUUAUGAGACUGCUUGCAAUUCUGUUAUUAUGAUUUACGUGUCAUACAGCUUAAUUUUGCACCGGGACAAAUGAGCAAAAUAAAGGCUAAUUGUAUUUUCAAUAAAUGUUAAUUUAUUAAAA